ACGCGCGCGAGAGUCUGGACUAGCGGGCUACCCCGGUUCCGAGUCAGUCAGUGUGCCACCGGCGACCGUAGCCUCGGUGCAGGAGAACGCGGUUACGCUCCGGCAGGUCGAUCGCGCGUCCCCCGUCUCUCCUCUUUCGUUUUUUUUUUUUUUCAUUCUUCUCGUCUCUCCCCUUUUCGGAGAUCUUCGGAGGGCGAGAGAGUAUAUCUGCGGAUAUACCGCGUGGUAUAUUUCGUCGAUUCGCGUAUUCGAGUAAUAGUGACGAGUAAUAAGUGAUCGAGCGAGUCGUAAACCUCUUCUUCGCGCGCGUCAGCCUUUUCCGGCUGUCAUCGUCGAGGCUGACUUUUACCGCGUCAGUGAACGUUCCGCGAGAGGUGAGAGCGCUCGGAUAAGUGAACGGGUGUUGAGUCAUCGGAAACGCGGACGCGCAAUCUCGCGCGCGGUAUCUCGGAAAAGCAAAGUAUACACGCACCGUGUUUUCGAGGAUCCUUCUCCGUCCUUUCUCCCUCGCGAAAUCGUACACGCUCGUUUCCGCAGCUACGUUCUAUCUCGGCUCGACGUGGAUAAUCGGACCUUCGAUUGCCGGUUAAGCCGGAAGUGAGACGCGUCCGCGUCUCUCGUCGGUCUCGAGAGCAAGCGAGGAGAGGACGAACAUCUCGCGAGAAGAGAAGAGGAGGUUCGAGAUACGAUUCCAAGGACACGUCCGUCGUGCGCCGUCCGUACGGGGAAAUCCCCGGCGAGUGCAAUGUCGUAAAAAUUCGCUUCGGAAAGUGCAUAACACGCGUUCGUGAAAGGAUUACGAGAUGCCGUACCAAGUGUCCUGGUAGUGUGCGCGCGCAGGGAGGAUCUAUCGAAGGAAUUUGGGAGGAAGAGAGGAAGAGCGUCGAGUCUGUUGACACCUCGAGUGCCACGAGGAAUCAUGCUCGAGGAUCAGCCGUUGGAUCUGAGCGUCCGCGUCGGCGAUUACGCGGAGGAUCUUGCCAGGGAGGAUCGGGACGACGGGCCGGAUCAGCGGGAGCGCAAGGAUCUGUCCGUCGACGAUUACGGUAAUCGCGCGGCCGCGGCCGCGCUCAGGCUCCGCGGAUGCUUCGCCGCCGCGUCCGAGUACGGCCAGGAGCGGGAGGAUCGCACCUGCUCCGAGGACUCGGACGACUCGUGCUCCGACAACAAUCAGAAGAACGGCGGCGCGAGGUCGCGGUCCAGGCCGCCCGGCACCAAACCCUACAAGAAGAACCUCAUCAAACGAUACCUAGACACAAGGGAAGUUCAACCGCACGACACAGGCGAAAAAGAACAAUUAGGUCUCGCGAGCGUGAAAGUGGAACCGGGAUCCACCAGUGCGACUACCACCAGUAGCACAGGAACCCGUCUGCUCCACGGGAUCCUCUCCCAGCAUCCCCAGCAGCACAGCCUGGGGCUGCAGAACGGAUAUGGCCGACACUUGACCGGUCACGCUCAAAUGGGCCAGCCGCCUUACACUACUGCCGCCACGAGUACGCCAGGAAGCGGAUCACUGCCAGCAAGCCCAGCGGACAGCGGAGUCAGCGAUGUUGAGUCCAGCACAUCCUCCGGCGGCAACGAGGACGCGAAUCUCUUACUGAAAGCCAGGCUCAAUCCUAAUUCGUCCCUCCAGCCAGGUCUGGCGUCUCAUCACUCUCAUCUGUCGUCGGCAGCACUCGGCAGGUCGGCCUGUCACAGCCCCGGCGUUUACCCGUCGACGGCGACCUUUUUGCCGCCCUCCUAUCAUCCGCAUCAGCAUCAUCCCUCCCAGUAUCAUCCGCAUCGGGGGAGCUCGCCGCACCAUCAGCACAGCAACCACACCAUGGGUUCGACGAUGGGGCCGCCCCACCACCACCACCAUCACCAUCAAACGCAGAGUCUACAACACUUGCAUUACCGUCAGCCACCCUCGCUGUCCGAGAGCUACAACAAUUACGUGAACUCCAUGUAUGGCGGGGGCGGUCAAUUCGCGACCCCCUGUACCCCGAGCCCACCGCGGGGACCCGGUGGAGUGCCCACGAGUGUGAUCCAGGCGGCCACCAGCUCGGUCUCGGACGAUCUCUACCUUCUCGAGCUAGGCUUCCCGCCGCGCUCGAAGAAAAGUAAGCUAAAGAAGCCGCGCCAGGGCGAGGGCGGCGGCGCCGCGGUGAAGCGGAAGUCGCGCGAGGGUUCGACCACGUACCUGUGGGAGUUUCUGCUCAAGCUGCUGCAGGACCGGGAAUACUGUCCGCGCUACAUCAAGUGGACGAAUCGCGAGCGGGGCGUCUUCAAGCUGGUCGACAGCAAGGCGGUCUCGCGUCUCUGGGGCCUGCACAAAAACAAGCCGGAUAUGAAUUACGAGACGAUGGGUAGGGCUCUGCGCUACUACUAUCAACGCGGUAUUCUCGCGAAAGUGGACGGCCAACGGUUGGUCUAUCAGUUCGUCGAGGUGCCGAAGGACAUCGUCGAGAUCGAUUGUACAGGCGCAUGAGACAGGGUGCCGGCCCGUCCCGCGGGGGACGAGGAGAAGGAGCUGUUGCUGCGGCGGCAACGCGGCGCCGGCAUCUCGACGCGGGCUCGACGUCGACCGCCGUUAUCGUCGUCGCUGCUUAUGUUGCGGCGUCGCGGGCCCGUCGCGGGAUUUCAUCCGCGCGAGAGAACGCCGUCCAACGAUUCUUCCCGCCGAGACGCGCCGACCUGGCACACCCCUCAGACCUUGUAAAA